GGCUCGGCGGCAGCCCAGUGGGGCUCUCGGCUGUUGGCGCGCCUCUGUGUGUGUGGCUCCCCCCGGCACACCUCGGCCGACGAUGAGGAAAGGUCUGCGGGCGACAGCGGCCCGCUGCGGACUGGGACUGGGAUACGUGCUGCAGAUGCUCGUGCUACCUGCCCUGGCCCUGCUCAGCGCCAGCGGCACCGGCUCGGCCGCCCAAGAUGACGACUUUUUUCAUGAACUCCCAGAAACCUUUCCAUCUGACCCACCUGAACCUCUGCCACACUUCCUUAUUGAGCCUGAAGAAGCUUAUAUUGUGAAGAACAAGCCUGUGAACCUGUAUUGUAAAGCCAGCCCUGCCACCCAGAUCUACUUCAAGUGCAAUAGUGAAUGGGUUCAUCAGAAGGACCACAUAGUAGAUGAGAGAGUAGAUGAAACUUCUGGUCUCAUUGUCCGGGAAGUGAGCAUUGAGAUUUCACGCCAGCAAGUGGAAGAACUCUUUGGGCCUGAAGAUUACUGGUGCCAAUGUGUGGCCUGGAGCUCGGCAGGCACUACCAAGAGCCGGAAAGCCUACGUGCGCAUCGCUUAUCUACGAAAAACAUUUGAGCAGGAACCUCUGGGAAAGGAAGUCUCCUUGGAACAGGAAGUCUUGCUGCAGUGCCGACCACCUGAAGGGAUCCCAGUGGCUGAGGUGGAAUGGUUGAAAAAUGAAGACAUCAUCGAUCCUGUGGAAGACCGGAAUUUUUAUAUUACUAUUGAUCACAACCUCAUCAUCAAGCAGGCCCGCCUCUCAGAUACCGCCAACUAUACUUGUGUUGCCAAAAACAUUGUCGCCAAGAGGAAAAGCACGACCGCGACUGUCAUAGUCUAUGUAAAUGGUGGCUGGUCCACUUGGACAGAGUGGUCUGUGUGUAAUAGCCGUUGCGGACGGGGGUAUCAGAAGCGUACAAGGACCUGCACUAACCCAGCUCCGCUCAAUGGUGGUGCCUUCUGUGAAGGGCAGAGUGUACAAAAAAUAGCCUGCACCACGUUAUGCCCAGUGGACGGCAGGUGGACCUCCUGGAGCAAGUGGUCCACCUGUGGGACCGAGUGCACUCACUGGCGCCGGAGGGAGUGCACGGCCCCCGCCCCCAAGAAUGGAGGCAAGGACUGCGAUGGCCUCGUCUUGCAGUCCAAGAACUGCACGGACGGGCUGUGCAUGCAGAGUUUCAUUUAUCCUAUUUCAACUGAGCAGAGAACCCAGAAUGAAUAUGGAUUUUCUUCUGCUCCCGAUUCAGACGAUGUUGCUCUGUAUGUCGGCAUUGUGAUAGCUGUGAUAGUUUGCCUGGCCAUUUCUGUAGUUGUGGCCCUCUUUGUGUAUAGGAAGAAUCAUCGUGACUUUGAGUCUGAUAUUAUUGACUCUUCUGCACUCAAUGGAGGCUUUCAGCCUGUGAACAUCAAGGCAGCAAGACAAGAUCUCCUGGCAGUGCCCCCAGACCUCACAUCAGCCGCGGCUAUGUACAGAGGACCUGUUUAUGCCUUGCAUGAUGUCUCAGACAAAAUCCCAAUGACCAACUCUCCAAUUCUGGAUCCACUGCCUAACCUGAAGAUCAAAGUGUACAAUACCUCAGGUGCUGUCACGCCCCAAGAUGACCUCUCUGAGUUUGCAUCAAAACUGUCCCCUCAGAUGACCCAAUCCUUGUUGGAGAAUGAGGCCCUCAACCUGAAGAAUCAGAGUCUAGCACGGCAGACAGACCCCUCCUGCACUGCGUUUGGCACCUUCAACUCCCUUGGGGGUCACCUUAUUAUCCCCAACUCAGGAGUAAGUUUGCUGAUCCCCGCUGGGGCCAUUCCCCAAGGGAGAGUCUACGAAAUGUAUGUGACUGUACACAGAAAAGAAAAUAUGAGGCCGCCCAUGGAGGACUCUCAGACUCUCUUGACCCCUGUGGUGAGCUGUGGGCCCCCAGGAGCCCUGCUGACCCGGCCCGUCAUCCUCACUAUGCAUCACUGUGCAGAUCCCAGCACCGAGGACUGGAAGAUACAGCUCAAGAACCAGGCAGCGCAGGGCCAGUGGGAGGACGUGGUGGUCGUUGGCGAGGAAAACUUCACCACCCCGUGCUACAUUCAGCUGGACGCGGAGGCCUGCCACCUCCUCUCCGAGAACCUCGGCACCUACGCCCUGGUCGGGCAGUCCACCACCAAAGCAGCCGCCAAGCGCCUGAAGCUGGCCCUCUUCGGGCCCCUCUGCUGCUCCUCGCUGGAGUACAGCCUCCGAGUGUACUGUCUGGACGACACUCAGGACGCCCUGAAGGAAGUUUUGCAGCUCGAGCGACAGAUGGGAGGACAGCUCCUAGAAGAACCUAAGGCUCUUCACUUUAAAGGCAGCACCCACAACCUGCGCCUAUCCAUUCACGAUAUUGCCCAUUCCCUCUGGAAGAGCAAGUUACUGGCCAAAUAUCAGGAAAUUCCUUUCUACCAUAUCUGGAGUGGGUCUCAGAGAAACCUCCACUGCACGUUCACUCUGGAAAGAUUCAGCCUGAACACAGUGGAGCUGGUCUGCAAACUGUGUGUGCGGCAAGUGGAGGGAGAAGGGCAGAUCUUCCAGCUGAACUGCACCGUGUCUGAGGAACCUACCGGCAUGGACCUGCCUCUUCUGGAUCCAGCGAGCACCAUCACCACGAUGACAGGCCCCAGUGCUUUCAGCAUUCCGCCCCCGAUCCGGCAGAAGCUCUGUAGCAGCCUGGAUGCCCCGCAGACAAGAGGUCACGACUGGAGGAUGCUGGCACAUAAGCUCAACCUGGACAGGUACUUGAAUUACUUUGCCACCAAAUCAAGUCCAACUGGUGUCAUCCUGGAUCUCUGGGAAGCACAGAACUUCCCAGACGGAAACCUGAGCGUGCUGGCAGCUGUCUUAGAGGAAAUGGGAAGACAUGAAACAGUAGUGUCACUAGCAGAAGGGCAGUACUGACCCAGGCUGGGGCCGAAGUGGAGGAGGAAGCCCGUCCGGACCAGUGAGCUCCACAGGCAAGACUGCAGCGGGAGAGAGAAGGCAGACAGACACAACUACCAAUGUACACGCCCACUCUGCUCGGACAUCACAGGAGUUAAGAACAAUUGUACAAAUGUGUAUCUUGAAUUUAGAAAUCAACCUAAUUUUCCUCUUAGUUGGGCUGUAUGCUGUGUGGUACAGGAUCUUACAGUUUCCUAGGAAACGCUUUUUAUUGCUAUCCAGAUAUAUGGAUAAACUUUCUUAACAAACCCAAUUUCUACAAACGUUGUUUACAUCAAAUUGGACAGGGAUGCAGACACUGUCCAUGGCUCGUUCUAUUUUUGUUUAAAUCAUUUGAAGUUGAAGCUGUGGACGGUUUGCUGUCUCUCUUUCAGAUCAGUAAUUUACAGAGAAAUCAGAGUUUUCCUACAAAUUGUGUGCAUCAAGUGUCUCAGAUAAUCCUCCCAUCAGUGUUUUCUUUCUAGAACUUGUAGAACCAGUGUUACUGUUUGUAUCAGGGAAGUGGAGAAUCUAAGCAUAAAGGAGAAAUAGAUAAGACUUCUUAUUCCUUGAGAGCACUGUCUCAUGCCCUCAGGGAAUAAAGCUGUAUCAUCACAGGGAAGACCUUGAUUCAUGUUCAACCACACAAGAAUUUCUUCACAACUUGUGUGUUGGUAAUAUGCAACUUGAAGUGUUUUGUUUUUUUUUUAAAGGUAUUAUUAUCGUCAUCAUUAUUAUUAUUAUUGAUGAGUAUUUACAAGUAUUCUAGUAAAAGGAUUUACUUUUACCUUGUUUUUGUUAGCAGUACUGUUAGUAUUUAGGUAUCGACCUGACCUGGGCACCUUCUCAUAACAAGGUGGGUGUGGUCACCAGUUUAAUUAAGCAGGCCUUCCUUGCUUCCUUGACCUUUUUAUCUUUCUUCGGUCAUUCUGCCUGAGAAGGUGGUAAAUGCUUCCCGGCGUUGUCAGUCUGUUCUCUGAGCUUGCUCAGGCAGGCGCUUUGUCCCCCGAGUUUGUCCUGGGACAUGCUCUCGAUUCAAGCUCACGCGGCCCCCCACACCUUUGCUGGGUCCUCUGUCUACCACGGAGGCAGUGUGAUUGAAGGAGCAGCCUCUGAGCUGGAGAUCAGGAAACCGGUUCUCAUUCUGGGUUGUCAUUGUCUAGCUGUGCUCCCUUGGGAGAGUCAUUUACCCUCACUGGACCUCAAGUUUCCUCACCUGUAAAAUGAAGGGGUGCAUUAAAUCAGCUCAAGGUUCUAGAAUGUUUGACUUCCCACUGUGAUGCCUCCAGUCUCCUCCGUCAGUCUGAAGACCACAAUGGACGCUGACCUGGAUCAUUUAACAAUUCAACCUGUCUUUCGCCCAGGCUACAUUAUGCCUUCCAGAUAGUUCUGACUUGGAAGAUAAUUAUUCUGACCUGUAACAUAUUUGUUAUGCUUUCAAGUCUUGUCCUCGUGUCAUUGCAUCAUGCUGUUCACCCAGAGAUGGCAUCCCCGUAUCACUUCCUUUCCUCUCUUGGGACCAGUUGCCUUCCUGAGUAGUUGCAAAUUAUGUUCUACUAUUGUCUUGGUCAAAAUUUUUUUAAUUAAAAAAAUUUUUUAACUGAAAAA